AUGUCAAGUUCAGAGGCCACUCCAGAAGUUGAAGUUGCAGCUUGGAAACCACUUUUCGAUUUGGAUACUCCAGCAGGACGCGUCUGUAUGUUGUCUGAAAAGGAGAUUGACCGUGAAUUCAAUAAGCGUUACAACAUUUACAAGGAAAACUUGGGAUCGUACAGCAGAACCCUUGAGCGGUACUAUGGGCUCAAGACACACGAAAAGUAUGGCACACUUCCAUUUGAAGUUAUUCAGGAAACCAGUCGAGUGUCCAACUAUCGUGUCACCAACAAAGAAUUUAUCGCUAUGGGUAUGGAGAUCAUAGCCAGCAAAAUUGUACCUCUUACAGAGGAACUCCAGCAUCUCGAGGAACAAUGCUUCAAUCCACCCAAGAAUAAACAAGAAGAUGCUCUCCGUUGGAUUUAUGAGUACAUCUACCAGCGGGAACCUCCUGCUAGUACAGUCGAGAUAAUUGCACGUACAUUGCAGAGCAAUGAUUAUCAACUUUCAAAGUUAUGCCCCCAUUUGUGUGAUAUGGGAAAAAGUGACCUCAUUGCAUACUUCGUAAGCAAAUCAGUGCAGCAUGAUAAGGAUUUAAACGAAAAGCGGGACGAAAUUAUAAGGCAGGCUGCCCACAGACGGUCAUUGGCUCAAGAACAUGCCAUGAAUAUGGCCAAAGGCGACGGCCCGAUUUACAAGGUGGAUAUUCCCCUCUCACAUUAUUUGCCCGAGUGUGAUCUGAAACUAGACAGCUCAACGAUACGGUUUGCAAAGCUAAAAGUGAAACCACCAACGUCAGGACCACAAGCAACUCGUGCGCCAAACACCUAUACUAUGGGUCAAUUAAAGAGUGCUUGUGAUGAUUAUUUCACCUCUGGAGUUAACAAAACCGGAAAGAUUUGGAAGCGGUCCAAACGUGGUGGUAGAUCCAAGAGAUCUUGGUAG